AUGGCAAAUUUUCCUUUAAUUCAAACAACAGAGGGCGAAUGGACAUCAGGCAAAUUCUGGGAUAUCUUGGGCGUGAAAAUUCCACUUCUUUUUACGCAAGAUCCAGCCUCGCUAGCCGACUUUAUCUGCCAUUUUGAGACACGACCAGAAGAUGUUUUUGUGGUUGCGUAUCCCAAGUCAGGUUCGUGAAUCAUUGCUGUGAUGAUUUUUUUUUUUCAAAGGUACCGCUGUUACGUGUUUGUUUCGGACGUUCGUGUAUAAACAUUCAUUGGAUAAAACUGCAUUCUAUUUUGCUUUUUUUCUACCUAAUAACAACAACAACAACAAGACGUCCAACAACAACAAGCUUUAUUUACAUUUCGCUUUAGAAUGAAUAGAGGGAUUCGCGGGGAGAUACGAAAUUUCCCUUCGAGUGCGCGAACGAGUGAAAUAUUUUUUCAAAACGAGAAGAGAAAUUUCGUAUCUCCAAGCGGCCAUGUAAUGUUCUAUUUAUUAUUUAAACACCAAUGAACCACCAACACCAUUUCACUUUAACUGUUUUUUGAUGUGAAAGGCGCGAUUUUAAUAUUAUGAGAGCAACGGUGAUAUUUUCACAUGUGAAGAUAUCAAGUUUUCGCGCGAAAGCUCACCUGGUAUUUCAUUGGUGUUUAUAUAAUAAUAAUAGUUACAGAAGGUAGCCUUAGUCUAAUGGUCAGUUACAAGCAGUGUAAUAAAAGGAAAACUAAAAAUACAUUACAGGUAAGGAAAUACCUAGCAUUUAAAUAAACCGUUAGGUUUCCAAGUCAGAUAGAUAUAAAGUGCAAAACGCGCGAACACAUAAGUGCUGAUGUCUACAUAGGGCAAAAAUUUUGCCAAUAAUGGCGGAGGAGUAAAGAAAGGCAUGAUAGUCAGCCUCCUGGCUUUGUCGAUCAAAUCCCCGUUGGCUUUUCAGUUUCUCGCGUGCGAGCAUGAAAAGGCUCUGACCUAGGGUAUGUUGGCCUUAGUGACCUUAGUAUAGGCCAACAAUCAUGAAUUCGUAUUAACCUUUUCAUUUCUUGGAGAUAACUUGCCACUUUAUGGUGUUACCAUUCAAAUGAAACCUCUUCAGCAGUACUUUCACAUGGCACUUUUUAUUUGGUAUGUAAUUCUAACUUUUGAGUCUGUGGACAAAACCAUUCAAAUGAAACCUCUUUAGCAUUAUUUUCACACCGUCCUAUGUGAAUCUUAUGAUGUUACCAUGCAUUCAAAUGAAACACCUCUGGAAGAACUUUUUCAUAGUACCAUUUUUUUUCUGGGCUGGGAUUAUACGAAUUAAGAAACGUGCUGGAGAACUUUCAAUUUUUUGUGAACUGUCCUUUAGCCACUAUUAGUGGUCGUCGGGAUCGGUUUCCUGUACUGGUGAACUUCUCAUUUUCUGUGAUCAUGUACGGUUUGUUCACGUCUGAAAGAACUAAUUCACGUCUUUUUGUCGUCGUUGUUGUUGUUCAAUUAAAGGCCAUUUUACGCAUCAGUAAGAGAGGAUGACCUUUAUCCUCUCUUGCUUUACGUCAAGUUGAUAUUAGGGAGCUUAGAGGUGAUUUUACACAAGACGACGAUUCGCAACGACGAUUUUAACGUCAACAAAGCGUUGCAACAUUAUCGCAACAUUUUUUCGAAUAGUUACAACAUUGUUCCAACCGUGUGCAACACUGUGUUACACUAAAAGUCGUCGUUGCGAAUCGUCCCGUGUAUUAAACAUCACCUUAAGCAACAAUGACGGCGACGGCUGCGAAAACAUCACUUAAAAAGGUUAAAUAUGUCAAAUGUUAGCAAUUUUUUGUGGAGUUGAAUUCCAAAAGACUGUAUCAAAGUUCAGGAAAAGAAAACGAAAGUCGUGUUGUGUUCACGUCGUCCACAAAACGUGAAUGUAAGCAUUUUCACGUCACAGACUAGUCUUGCAGUGACGAUAAAUAAAUGUACAAAAAAGCGUGAUGCACGUGAAGAGUGUUGUCUUGCCUUUUAACCUGUUGCUUGCCGUUCUCGUUGCUGUCGUCAUCGUUGCUUAAGCUCCCUAAUAUGGGCGUAAUCUCUGUUCUCCCUUAGAGCUCCGUGUGCGCCCAACACUCCAACUCACUUAAGGUGACACGCCAUUCACUAUCAAUCCGCGAAUCACUGACUUACUUCAAUCAAGAGACUCUCUAAAAUGACUCUUUUUUUCUCCCUUUUCUAGGGACGAGUUGGGUGCAGGAGAUCGUCUGGCAAAUAUACAAUGAAGGUGCAAUCAGCAGCGAAAAGCAAUUUUUUCGAUUCCCUUUCCUUGAAGGUUGUGCCUGUAACGCCAAUCAACAGCUAGUGAUUGAUUUUAAAGCUCUGCCAAGCCCUCGUAUGAUUAAAUCCCACCUUCCUUACCAAACUACCCCUAAAAGUGCGAAUGAAGAUGAUCAAUGUAAAUAUAUCUACGUUGCUCGCAACCCCAAGGAUGUAGCAGUGUCAUUUUUUCAUUUUGUGGAGCACUGGAAAAAAGUUGGCAUUAGUUCCUACAACGGACCAUGGGAGUUUUUCAGUAAGCUAUUUAUUGAGGGAAAAGGUAAGCUCUUCUUUUUCAUAAAAAGUCAGCUCUCACAACCAUAAGAAGAAAUAACCAAACAAAACCUAAAGUUAUUUGGAGUGGGAGACGCCAGACGUUUAAGAGAAGUGAUAAUAUUACGGGGGCACCCGAUGCCUUUCUUCUGUAAAAAAAAGUCAAUAAUAACUUUCAAGACGAUCAAAUUUCUCUUAAGGCUUCGGAACACUGAGAGAAGGAGGCUUCUAAAUAAUAAUAAUAAUAAUAAUAAUAAUAAUAAUAAUAAUAAUAAUAAUAAUAACAAUAAUAAUAAAAAACCAUAGAGACACGUCUGAAAUAUUUGGAAAUUGGCUGUUUGGUACCCCUAAUGUUAAGGAAUAUAUGUUUUCUUUCUGACGCAGACAGCAGACAUUAAUGCAGGUCAUUAAUAUUCGGCCAACAUUGCAGACAAAUGUUUUAAUUCCUAAAUAGUUAUAUACCAAUGGUAAAUUACUUGUACAACGCAGGCUACUAAAAUGUUACUAUAAAAAUAGUUUGAUUCAAGUACUUCUUAGUCUACUAUAAAAGAAAAAUAACUAAUGUCGAAUGAUAGCCUCUACCGGCCAAGCGCAAUACAUGUAGUUAAAGUAAUAACGCAACAUCCUCAUGAAUAGAAAUUUAGAAUAUACUCUUUACAACUUGUAUCCUAUUAUGACUUUGUUGUGUGUAGCUGGUUUCAACUUUUGUAAUGAUCAUGUUCUUGACUGGUGGAAGAAGGUGGAAACACAGAGACGAUCCUAA